AUGAAUCAAGCCUGUUUGUAUCAUAGAGCCAAUCAAGUGCAGAGACACGAUGCUGAACAGAUAAUUAAGGAAUAUUCUAAUAUUCUACAAUGGCGUUCAGAUGGCUCAGAUGCUUUGCUGGAUGUUGGUUCAGGUUCUGGAGAUGUUUUAAUGGAUUUCAUUUAUACCAUAAUGCCGCCAAAGUUUAAGAGAAUUGUGGGUUCGGAUAUUUCCCCAAAAAUGAUAAAUUACGCCAAAAAUGUUUACAACUUAAAGGAGAGAUGUGAUUUUAGAGUCUUGGAUAUUGGCACAGAGAGAGAUAUACCAAAUGAUAUGAAGCAGCAAUUUGAUCAUGUUACAUCUUUCUAUUGCUUACAUUGGAUACAAAAUCAAAGACAAGCUUUGCAAAACAUUUAUAAUCUCUUAAGAGUCGAAGGCGGUGACUGCCUUUUAGUAUUUCUGGCUGCUAAUCCGAUUUUUGAUGUCUACAAACUGCUAAGUAAAUCUUCCAAAUGGUCUAACUACAUGAAGGAUGUAGAUCAAUUCAUAUCACCCUUGCACUAUUCCAACGAUCCAAAACUGGAGUUCUCUGCCAUGCUUAAGGCUGUGGGAUUUUCAAAUGUACAUGUAGAGUUAAAGCAUAAAGUAUAUGUCUAUGAGGGACUAGAAAUUCUUAAAGACAACGUCAAAGCAGUUUGUCCCUUUUUGGAUCGCAUACCACUGUCUUUGCAUGACAGCUUUAUGGAUGAUUUUAUUAACAUUGUUACCAGUUUGGAUCUUAGGCAGGAUCAUCAUUCCAACGAAUUAGACUACACAUUUAAUUCACCUUAUAAGUUAGUGAUUGCCUAUGCCCAGAAGUCUCCCAGAAAUGUCAGAGCCAGUAUAAGUGAUAUGAUUAGCCCUUCAAAAGUGGAAAAGGGUUUAAAUUAGUUUAAUAUUAUUUUGGUUUAAAUUGUGAUAGAA